UGCUCCGGCUGGGCCAAUGACGACGAGGGACGAGCGUGCAGGCGGAGGUCACUUUGAGGCCUCGCUGGCAGUAGGGUGAAGUUUUUUUUGGUUUAAACCGAGACGGUUUUGUUUAUAUAAAAUACAACACAAACAAUACUUUACUCUCAAUUACCACGACAGUCAACUGCGAUGUCUGCGCGCGGCGACGGCUACGCGGCGGAUGAUCACAGGCAAAGCGCGCACGGAGGCGAACAGGCUUUUCAAGCAAAUAGAGGAUAUAUUCCAACAGAAGAAGAAAGGCAAGUCUUGCAGGAAUGUAAAAAGGACAGCAUUUACCGUGCGGUCCCAUUGUCGUUGGCAGCCAUGGCUGGGACUCACUAUCUGGUCUCCAUCGGGCGGCUGUCACCCUCCCCUCGUUUUGGCAGCAUCCCCAAAGUAUUUUUUGCUGGAAUGUUUGGCUACUUCAUUGGGCGCAUCUCUUACAUUGGUGUGUGCCGUGACCGCAUCAUGCGUCUGGAAAACUCCCCUCUGGCCAACGCCAUGAGGACAGGGGGUAAACUGGGACCUGCCAUGUUCCAGGAAAAGUCCACUGGUGUGGGCUCAGAGUCAUCUGUGUCCGAAGAUGUGGACAUACCUGUGCUGGACGCGUACGUCCCGUAUGACCCAGAAGAGGUUGUAAUUGCUGACCAAAAGGUGACAGAAGCCUUCCCGCAACUCAAUUCUCUUGACAGUGAUCAGCAAACACGUGCCUACCUGUCUUAUGAUCAGCUGAGGAGCCAGAACCGUGAUAACUUCGAGCAGUCACGGAGACAGAACAUGCCGCCCACAACCAGGCCACCCCCUCGUCAACCUGACACCAGCGCAGUGAAGAAGAAUCAGUAUGGAGAUGAAUGGGAGGAGUGAUGGAUGGGAUUAAGUGACAAUUCAUCAAAUUGCAGGGGGUGAACCAUUGCAUGGCUGGAAUAUAUACGUCGCACACAUGAAUACGACCACACACAUACACAACUACUCGUACACCUACACAUACACACACACGUAGUAACACAUACAUUUUUAUGCUGUAUAUAUGCAAACACUUGUUAGGCAGUGCCAUACAGUAUAUCCACGUAAGUGAAUACAGCACCCCAAUGUGUCCUAUUGCUUUUACAUAUGACAUGUGCAUGCAUGCACCCACACAUGCGCACAUGUACAUGCACUUAAUCAUAUAAUUGCACCUCUAUGGUAUAUGCGACACGGUACAAAAAGUUCUGAGUCUAGUACAGAAGAAAAUAUAAAAAGACCAUUUAUAUUACAGAUACAUUUGGGUGUAUUCAGACAGCUAGGGGACCACAUUCUAGAUUGCUUUGUUUCUAUGCUUGGAUGCUGACAGUCAAAAAUCAAGAAUCGUACUGUCGUAAAAAUAUUGACGCUGAAGAACACUAAUUGUGUGAAUGAGACUGCGUGAGCGUAGAGCAAAUGUGUUUUAUGGCAGAACAAAUACGCAUUUUAUGACAGUACGAACUCAUCUUGAAAGUGUAUGGGGACAAUGCAUCAUUGUGCAGAAGUUUGGUGCUGGGGCUACAGAAUGUAUUUAUGGCAGUGAGAUUCUUGGAGAUAACGCCAGGUCAGGGUAGCCUGUGACUGCAGUGACUUGCGAAUAUAUCCAGUCUGUGCAAGACGUGGUUUGAAAAACAACUGUGUUACUUCUAGAUUUGAAGCUUUCGUGACUGCAAGGAUUCAUACUCUUUGUUUUUUUUCGGUAAAGUCACGUAGGUAAAAUAAAAUAAAUGAAAACUAAAUUAAAUCACGACGUUUUUGAUACAGUUAAUUUUGCUGUCUUUUCCAACUGAAGACGGAAACUUGUGUUGCCUCCGAAACGUUGUGAUUUAAUUUAGUUUUCAUUUAUUUUAUUUUAACUGUGUUACUGUUGUACAUUUAGCUGGCAGCUUAGGCACAAGUGUGGGAUCGGGAGAAACGUUAUGGCAUGAUCAUAUGGGGAAUGAACAAGAUGUGGGUCCUCAGAAUGCUGACAUACGACACCAAGAGGGAGUGUCUGAUAACGUCUAAUGACAAUGUUGACCUCGUAAACGGAGACUGGGACAAGUCUUAACAGGCACUUUUUCAUGGAGGAGCUUCCACAUCCUGCCUUUCCUCCAGAUCAAGUAACCAGUGACUCACAUGUUUCUCAAAUGGGACGAGGCUGUUUGGAAAGUGUUUGAGGUGAGGUGACGCAUCUGUGGAUGAACCUGAAAGGGCUAGAAGAAAAGUUAUUUUUGGAGGAAUUCGAACAUCUGAAAUGAUGUUUAAAUAAUGUUUUUUUGUGUACUGUGUACUAUAUAUAUUAGGCUUAACUGUACCAUCAAUCACUUCAUAUACAAGCAACCACAUUCAUACACUCAUGCGCAACACAUACAAUAUAAGCAUCAAAACAUGGAAAAUAUUUGUUGACCAGAGAAAUGAUGUCAAUUGUGUUUAAAAGACAUGGAAAUAAACACUUUUAACAGUA